CUUAGUUCAGGCGUUGGAUUCGAUUGGUCGUCUGGUUCCUGCUCUGGUGUCGUAGGAGCCAGUAAUCGAAACUUAAAAUAACCACCUUACACAGAAAUCAAAAGUAACAAACAUAAAUGAAUGAAACACAAAACAGAGAGGACCAUUUCAGAGAGAGGACCUAAUUUGAUACCUCAGCUUAAUUGUGUAACUUCUGAUAGUCAACUUCCAGCCUUUAGCUUCUGUAGACUGUUAGCAUUUGUUGAUUUUUUUAGCUAUUAGGACUGUUUUGUAUUGUCGGCGAUGGCGACUAAUUACGUUGGGUUUCUUAACGAGUACGCACAGAAGAAUAAUUUGACUGUGGACUUUGAGAUGGUGGACACACGUGGACCAGAUCAUAUUAAAACGUUCACUAUAAGGGCAGUGGUGAAUGGUAAGACCUAUUCCGAUGGUGUUGGACGCAACAAGAAAGAAGCUAAACAAAACGCUGCAAAAAAUGCCCUUAGUUUGUUGGAAAAGACGGAACCUGCUAAUUCAGAAACAAAUUACUGCUCAUCCGACAGUUUCCCAAAGUUGACUCAAGCCAACUAUACCUGCUGGCUCAAUGAAUAUGCUCAAAAGAACAGAUCGAUUUUUAAGCCCAUUGAGACAACCAGAAUGGGCUCCAACACCCAAUUUUGCUUGUAUGCUUGUAAGUAUGUUUGUGAUGAUAAAGAAUUUCCUGAAGCUGUUUGCAAAGGAAGAAAGGAUGCCAAGGAAGCAGCAGCAAAAAAAGUUUAUGAAGAACUUCUUAAAGAGAGCAAAAUUGUAGUCCCUGAUGAAAACAGAAAUGUGGCACAAAAUUCAAAUAUGCCACCUCUUAGCUCUCCCCUGAGCAGUCAGAAACAGACUGUUUCCAACACUGAAAGUGCUACAGUAAGCAAGGAUUUCAUAGGCAUGCUCAACCAUUACUGUCAAAAAACGAACCAAGUAUUGGGCAUCAAAUUAGUGGAGAAAAGAGGGCCUGCACACAAUCCUGAAUUUGUGUACAAGGUUGUUAUAAAUAAAACAGAAUACUCUGAAGGACAAGGGAAGACUGCAAAAGAGGCAAAACAGAAUGCAGCCCAGCUAGCUUUGAGUGUGCUUCGUGAACAAUCUGAUUGGAACAGUCAGAGUUCAUUUAUGUCAUCUGUUUCUGAAGAUGAGACCCCAUCACAAAUCUCUGUGAAUGAGUCUAAAGAUGAUGAAGGUUCAUUAAAGGCUAAAAGUCAGAGUACAAGUGACUCUGUUGUCUUCAAAAACUCAUCUGUCCCUAUGACAAAGACCAAUAGCCCUGCACCUAAACCAAGCCCCUCGGACAUUAAGCCAAAAAUAAAAUUGGCGGCAAAUUUCCAAGUUUCACCGAACAGAAAUGAAGAGGAAACACCCAGUAUGAAUGACCACAGCCUGACACAACCUUCAAAAAAGGGAACUACAGCCUCUAACUCAUCUGCAAAAUCAAGGUUUUUAGAAGAUUUUGAGUUAAUAAGCCCAAUCGGCACAGGAGGCUUUGGUUGUGUUUUCAAGGCCAGAAAAAAACUUGAGAAAAAGUAUUAUGCUGUUAAGAUAGUGAAGCGGACAGGCAAAUCUGUCCGAGAGGUGGAAGCUUUGGCAGAUCUUGCACACCCUAACAUAGUGCGUUACUACACAUCAUGGACUGAGGAGACUGCUUACAGAUCUGAAUCCUCAGAGAGCUUCAGCAUCUCAAAUUCUAGCAGUGGUUCAGCAUCUGAGUACCUCUAUAUUCAGAUGGAAUUUUGUGAGGGGAAAACUCUACAUGUGUGGAUUGAUGGAAGAAACUCUCACCCUGAAAAACAGCUAGAACGAAGGCAAGACGCAUUACAGAUCAUGAAACAGGUCCUGGAAGCAGUGAAAUAUAUCCAUUCCAAGCACAUCAUUCACAGGGACCUGAAGCCGGCAAACAUAAUGUUUGGCAAUGAGGGAGCAGUGAAGGUAGGAGACUUUGGUCUCGCUACAGCAGCAGAGGGAGACAAUGAUGAAGGUCUACUGGAACGGACAAAGCGUACAGGAACCCGUUCUUACAUGAGUCCAGAGCAGAGAAGUCAGUGCUCAUAUGACAAAAAGGUGGAUAUUUUUGCUCUGGGCCUUAUUUACUUUGAGCUGCUUUGGAAUCUUGGAACAAAGUUUGAAAAACAAAAGAUCUGGGAUGAUAUAAGAAGUAAGAAGCUUCCAAAAGGUUUCAGUGAGAAGUUUGAAUUUGAGCACAAGCUAAUCAAACAAAUGCUGUGUGACAAACCUGAGGACCGACCAGAUUCCAGUGAGCUGCUCACAAAGCUGGACUGGAGCUCAGCAGUCAUUCAGCAGGAUCACAAUGGAAACAGAGAAAACCGGACAUACUGAUGCCAUGCAUAAUUGCCAGUACCAUGACAAAUUUUGCAGUUCAAUCAUGUGGUAUAACUACAUACAAUUUCAGGCACUUUAAUGUAUUGGUUUAUAUUAGGUCCUUCUGUAAGACAGUAGUCUUCAAGCAGUCUUUUAAGAGAAUCUUUAUUACUGUUUUACUAAUAAUGUAUUGGUUUAUAUCAAAUCCAUCUGUAAGACUACUCUUCAAGCAGUCUUUUAAGAGAAUAUCACUGUUUUAGUAAUACUUUUGUGGGAAACAUCUGAUACAUCUUAGGUUAUUAUUUGACAGGUUAUUAAUUAUGUAUUUUUUUUUAAAAGAAAUCUUGUAGCAGUGCAUUGAAACUGCCACGAUUUGUAAUGCAUUGUGAAUUCAGAGAUGCUUGCUAAGCCAACAACCACUGACUGUGGCCCUGUUUUUUGCAGAGUGAGAUUUCAGCCUCAAGGUCUAUACCCACACACUCAGACCAGUUUGUGUUUGAAUUUAAAUUGCAUCUGAUUCAGACAUUUCUAAGAUGGUGUAUUAUUACUCUGAUGAUCAUUUCCAGUUAAGUAUUCACAUAUGAAUGCAGUCGUGGGCUGGAGGUUAGGGACCCAGCCCUGUGACCGGAAGGUUGCUGGUUCGAUUCCCUGGGCUGACAGGACAUGACUGAAGUGCCCUUGAGCAAAAGGCACCUAACCCCCAACAGCUCCUUGGGCACUGUGGAUAGGGCUGCCCACUGCUCUGGGCAAGUGUGCUCACUGCCCCCUAGUGUGUGUGCCUUCACUGCACAGGUGGGUUAAAUGUGGAGGUGAAUUUCCCUGUUGUGGGAUUAAUAAAGGGUUAUGUAUUAUUAUUAUUAAACUUAUAUAAGAUAGGAGUAAUACUGAUAAUUAUGAACAAAUUGGUUAAUCAUUACCUGGUUCAGUAGUGGUAUCCAAUGGUAAUUCUGUUACUUUAAUCUUUAAAGGGUUUUUUUAUGAAUGAAGUCAUUGUUGUGUUGAUGUGUAUGUGUAACAUAUUUAACAUAUUUGGCAAAAUAAAGUGAUUCUGAUUCUGAAUUAAUCAUUUAAAUUGUACUAUAUUGAGGCUUUUCUGGACCCCUCACUUAAAUAUUGUUUGUUCAGUGAUAGCCUGGCAACUGUAACUAGGCCCAGGCAUCUGCAACAAUCUUUCUGAAUUUCACAAUAUGCCUCAAUGUUAUGUAUGGGUAAGUUGUGCAUGGGUAUGUAGACUACUUUCAAUCAGAUACCUGAUAUCCGUUUUCUACAUUAAAGACAAAAGCAGAGGUGUAGGAUGUGCAAUAAACACUGGGAAAGACUGCAUUACAAAUUAAAGCCAUCAAAAAUCACAGGGAACACAUAUGUGUGCUCUAAGGUGCCCUGCUGAGAUAGCUAACUGGCAAGUGUGGCUAGCUAACAGUCAUUGAAACUUUGAAACUUAAAACAUUUGAAACUUUGUUUUUGUUAACUCAUUAGUGUCAAGGAUUAAACCCAGGAUGUAAGCAAAAACUCCUCUUGAGCUCCAGAGUAGAACAGAGAUGGAUGACAGCUUAAUCACUCUUUGCUAGUUAAUUUAGCCACAACUUAAAGUAUUUAACCCAAAGUGACACAUAGUAAAUUUGCAUAUCAUACAAUUACUUAUGCUGCAGUGCAGGAACAUUGCUGUUCUUUUAUUUCCAUGCUAUCUUGAUCAUGGAUCGCCAUGUACGGAGGCUUCUCACUUUUUGGACAGUAGGCUUUAGCCUCUCUAUCAUUAUCCUUUUACUCUUGUUAGGCUGCAAAAAAGAACACAAUAUUAUGCCUAUGAUUAUUAAAAUACAUUCUGGUGAUCUUUUUACCUACUCCUUUCAGAAAGUUUGGAUGUAUUGCACCAAAUUGACUAAGACUGGCUUUACAAGGAGAGACUUUCAUGUCAUGUUGUGAGUUAUCUACAACAGAACUUCCAUGCAGCUGGACAGUUUCAUGACACAGUUCAAAAAUGUGGCAUGCAAACUUAUUUAACCAAAUUAGCACAGUAUUUUUUGAUACACAUCAUUCUCACUAUAUAAAGUCAACCGCAAGAUGUAAUUUUGUCAUUUUUGUCUGCAUGCUGUUAUUGCUUUUUUAUUUUUUUGUUCUAUGUCUAUAUAUCUGUCUUUUAUCUAUUUCUGUUUCAUUAUUUGAGUUUUAAGUCUGUCCUGAAUGUUAAGCCUUUAAAUUCAUACUUUCCACUACAGCUAUAGCCUACUUGAUUUCUUGCUUAUCCUGUCCCAGAAGCAAAAGUUAAUUAAGUACUACAUCUCAGUCUCCCCUUCUGUAGUAUUCUUCAACUUUCUAUCCCAAAUUAAUCUGAGCUCUAUUUAAAAUUAAGGUGCAUUAAGAGAGGAUAAAAUGAAUCUAGCUAUGUAGAUCACAGUAACAGCAGGCUAACAAUGAAGAAUAAAUGGUGGCACAAGCAGAUGUUUAAACAACUAUUAGUUGAUUAGUUAUUCCAGAUGUUGUCCAACUGGCAAACUAAAAAAACUACCAACCCUGAGUCAAACUGGUUAUCCUUUUCAACAUGAUUAAUUUUCCUGUCCAUUUAUCAAGUGAAAUCAAUCAUUAACAAUUAUGAUCAUGUGACGCUCUACUGGCAUUUUAAUUGGCUGUUUGACAAAGUUGAGUUGCUUGCAACUGUUAUAGCUGAGUUUCAAGUUAGUUGCAGGGUAUGCAACUCAAGUGUAGUGUAGUUCCUUGUAGGUUUUAAGCAAACUGAGCAUACAAUUAGUUCAGGCAGGCCACGAAGUCAAGCUCAGGCCCCAAUCUCAAAUCACCAACUUUUAUCAGCUGAUCACAAUCAGCUGAUGGCUCAGCUAAUUGCCUGCUAUCGCCUGGUACGGUCGUUAAAGGGUCUUUCUGGCUGCACCAGUAGUUUGCUUUGAGCGCAGCCUGCAUGUAAAGCGACACCAAAGAAAGUAUGUAAGGGUUUUAUUUCAUUUGGUUGAAAAAUUGGUAUGUUUCGUUAACUGUUUGUGUCUCUGGGAACAUGUAAGGUGAAGUUGGCUGCCUGGAGUUUUAAACAGAAAAUGUGUCUGUGGUUUGGCCGGACAGCAUGUGUGCAAGUUGGCAUUUUACUAUCCAGAGUGGUGCCAUCUUGCUGGUGGUGACUUAAUUCAGUUGCAGUGUGGUGUGUUUGGCCUCCAGUGACAUGGGCCUACCUUCACUGUUUACAAGAAUGGGCUUGUGUUACUGUUUUGUUGCUUUAAUAAAUCCUUUAAUCUGAAUUUCACAGACUA